AUGGACGAGGAGAUUACCUUCGGACCAAGGGAUGCAGUCCCCCUGGCUUCCGGGAACCACGAGGCCAUUGUGAUAGACAUUGUUACCAACAACUACCGGGUGAAGAAGGUGUAUGUCGACCAGGGUAGCGCGGUGGACAUUAUGUUCUAUCGGGUGUUCAAGGAGCUCGGAUUAAGAGAUGACCAGUUGACCCCGGUCCGGACGCCUUUGGUGGGCUUCACCAGACCACCCAUCAGCUCGGAAGGGAUGAUCACCCUGAUGGUCACAGUAGGACAGGCUCCCAAAUGCCGGACCGUUCCCGUUAACUUCGUGGUGGUCAAGCAGUCAUCCCCGUACAAUGUGUUCUUGGGGAGACCUGUUUUGAACGCCCUCCGGGCUAUUCCCUCUACCUUCCACCUCAGCGAGAAGGUGGUCGCCCAGACAACCUGUUUGGAGCCCUACAUCCCAGGAGAUGAGGCCCAACAGCUGGGCACCCAGGAUGAGAUUGAGGAGUUCCCCCUAAGGGAGGAUCGGCCCGAUCAGGUCAUCCGCAUCGGGGCAUUGCUACCAGCCGAGGAGAAGGAAGGCUUGAAGGCCUUGUUGAGAGAGUACUCCCAGGUCUUCGCAUGGACGGUAGAGGACAUGCCUGGGAUCCCUACAGACCUGGCAGUCCAUCACCUCGACGUGGACCCCAACUUCAAGCCAGUGAAGCAGAAGAAAAGGAGCUUUGCCCCGAGAGAAAUGAGGUGA